UCUUAUCUCGAGUAUGGAGAAUGUGACAUCUUCAUUUUCGUACAAGUGGAUCAAAUACCACAAGUUCUUGGACAGAACAGGAAUAUGUUUCAGCUUUCAGUAUAAAAUCACAGGAGAUAACAAUACGUUGUCGAUGUAUUUUGCAACCUUGUCUGGGAAGAAAACGUUGGUUUGGAAAAUCCAUGGUAACCAUGGAAACGUUUGGAAAUAUGGGGAGAUCACGUAUUGGCCAAGUGAAAAUCUUUCGUUUAUCUUUGAAGGGCAAGUCAUUCAACCAGAUACCAUGGUCGCUAUUGCGAAUAUUUUGGUAAAAACAGAGUCUUGCAACGUAAAGGUCCAACCACUCUAUGCUGAUCCUGAAUAUAUAUGUUCGCCUAAAAAGUUUGAAUGUGGCAACGGGCAGUGUAUCAAGAAAGGCUAUCAAUGUGAUGGGGACCGAUAUUGUGCUGAUGGUUCAGAUGAGUUAUUUUGUGAAUGUCUCGCCGAUCAAGUCAAAUGUGAGGAGUCAGCAAGAUGUGUCGAUGCCAGAAAGUUGUGUAACGGGUUAAAAGAUUGUGACGACGGCAGUGAUGAACGGAAUUGUGACAGUAGUUGCGAGCAUGGGCAGUUUUAUUGUCCAAGUGGCCUUUGCAUUCCCUGGAAUUUAACAUGUGACGGAAUUUGGGAUUGUCCGGAUGGAGCAGAUGAACCACACGUGUGCUAUUGGACAACAGAAUUUGACAAAAAAAGAUGUCCGCUCAAUGAUCUCAGUUGCUUUGAAGAAUCCGCAAAUUUGACUUUUUGUGAAAAGUUCGCGGAGGGCAGUUGCGAUUUCGAGAGGAGUGGCCUUUGCAAUUGGGAACAGGUCCUUGAUGGUGGGGAUAACUUUGAUUGGUCAAUAAACAGUGGCUCAACUCCUUCCAAGUUCACUGGGCCGAAUGUUGAUCACACCACAGGGUCCAUAGAAGGUAGAAUUUGA